UUAAAAACUGUUUCGCCACCACCUUCACCAGUCAGUUGUGUUUGCUGUAUCCUCUGCUCGUGCCGCUGAAGUAGAUUGCCGUAUCCUCCGCUAGUGCGUCCUCAGCUCGAGAGUUGGCAGAGUGAAGGGAGAUGAUACUCUAUCUGGUUCUCCUCCUGGGUGCGGUGAUGCCUUGUGCAGCCCAAGACUGGAGACCACCUGAUAUUGGACUGAACUACACAACCAUAAAGACGACUGAAAUGACUUUGCCCGUGGGUACUCGUUUCACCCUGAGUUGUCAUGGAGAUGGCAUUAACAGUGUGUCCUUGAAGACUUCACCACUAUCUCACAGGCGUUCCAAGAACUUGAUCAAAGUCAAGGUGGCAACCAUUACCUAUACUGGAAGAUACAGGUGUUUCUAUGAUGAACGUCCAGAGCUGUACUCAGAAGUGUACAUCUACAUCACCAAUGGUGACAUGUUUACGCCACCGAAGUUUCAAGACGCUGGUUCCAAAAAAGAGGGUUCUGAUUAUCUCCUCGACUGUUUACUGACGGACCCCCAAGCGACAGACUUUUCUCUCCGUCUGGUUAAUGGCAGUGCUUUACCCCAUGACCUGAACUACACCAUGGACCCAAAGAGAGGGAUUCUGAUGCGAGGCCUCCUGCCCAGUCACAGCGGGAAGUACGUCUGCAGCGCAACCCUCCAUGGCAUCAGAAAAGACUCUGAGGAAUACCCCAUUAAGGUCGAAGCAAAACUACGCUCCCCACCAGGCGUGCUGAUUAGAGUCCUGCAGCCCAGUCAAGAAUUCCAAUCCAUUCUGGUUGUUGGGGAGAAGCUGCAGAUCGAAUGUGUUUGCACUAACCCCAACUAUGAUGCCAACAUCACCUGGACACAUACUUCUGGUCAAAAAAUGCGAGGCGAGGGGUCUACCCGGUCAGGUAAAGAAGUGUGGAAAACCAGCGUCCUGACCAUUUCCUCCGUGAGUCUGUCUGACUCAGGCAACAUCACCUGCACUGGCGCCAACGAGGCAGGAGCAAACUCCUCCACCAUGCACCUUCAAGUUGUAGAGGAGCCAUUCAUCAAACUCAUCCCUUUGCUCUCCUCAAAGUUGGACAGUGAUGGUGUGGAUAUUACCCUAAUAGAGGGGGGGAGUAUUGACCUGGGUGUCCAAAUCACUGCAUACCCAAAGAUUGAAAGAUUCUGGUGGGAUACACCUGCACUGGGCAAUGCAACAGACCAGGAGAUAACCUUUCUCCAAAUCGAAAAUGGAAACAAAAGUGUGUUGCUUCUGAGAAGUGUGACUGCGGAGGAAGGAGGCCUGUACACCCUCCACGCCAGGAGUGACCAAGUCAACGCCUCCCUCAGUUUCAACAUCUCUGUCUGGUACAAACCAAGUGCUCUGGUUAGAUGGGAUAAUGGUUCACUGACCUGUGUUGCCACUGGUUACCCUCUGCCCCUCAUUUACUGGUCCCAGUGCCCUGGGGCCCGAACCACAUGUGACACAAACUCCAGUCUAGUGGGAGAAAGCUAUUUUUCCCAGGCCUCUGUGGUGAAGGGAAGUGAAUCUAGGCAGGACCUGGUGGAGAGUGUUCUCCAUGUGAACCACUCAAAUGUCAGAAUGAAUAUUGAAUGUAUAGCAGUAAACCUUGCUGGGGAGGACCGGGCCGCAAUGGCUUUUAGCCACUAUGUUACCAAUCCAGAUUUUGUAGCAUCCACUAUUUUCACACCAACCCUUAUUGGUGCAUCAAGUUUAGUAGGAACACUGAUAAUCCUGCUUGCAAUAGUUUUCUACAAGUACCAACAGAAACCUAAAUUUGAAAUCAGAUGGAAAAUAAUUGAGGUCAAUGAUGGGAACAACUACACAUUUAUUGACCCAACUCAGCUUCCGUACAAUGAGAAGUGGGAAUUUCCACGUGAAAGGCUAAGGCUUGGUCAAGUGUUGGGUACCGGGGCUUUUGGGAAAGUGGUGGAGGCAACUGCUGAUGGCCUAGGGACAGAUGGAAACAUCAUCCGUGUGGCGGUGAAGAUGCUCAAACCCAGAGCCCAUUCAGAGGAGAGAGAGGCUCUGAUGUCAGAGCUGAAGAUUCUGAGUCACUUAGGAUCCCACAGCAACAUAGUCAACCUGCUGGGUGCUUGUACACAGGGAGGGCCGAUGCUGAUGAUCACAGAGUAUUGUGGCCACGGGGACCUGCUGAACUUCUUGCGCAGCAGGGCAGAGAUGUUUGUGACCUCUGUGUGGAGUGUGGCCAGCAUCUCCAGUGAGACCACUCUCUACAAGAACAUUACCGAAGACCACCGGUUCCGGAGCGACAGCGGCAUCUCCUGCUCUGGCUCUGACUACCAGGAAAUGCUAUCGACGCUGAAGCCAAGGCACCAGUCACUGGGUUGCCACCCAGAAACAGACUCCGGACUCUUUGGCAUAGAGGACUUGCUACGGUUCUCCUUUGAUGUGGCUCAGGGCAUGGACUUCCUUGCGUCUCGUAAUUGCAUUCACAGAGAUGUGGCUGCCCGGAAUGUUCUCCUGACCGACUCCUGUGUAGCCAAGAUCUGUGACUUUGGGCUUGCCAGAGAUAUAAUGAACGACUCCAACUAUGUGGUCAAAGGAAAUGCCCGCUUGCCAGUGAAGUGGAUGUCCCCUGAGAGCAUCUUUGACUGCGUCUACACGGUCCAGAGUGAUGUGUGGUCCUAUGGUAUCCUGCUGUGGGAGAUCUUCUCUCUAGGUAAAAGCCCAUACCCUGAUAUAAUGGUGAAUUCCAGAUUCUAUAAAUUGAUUCAAGAUGGAUAUCAGAUGUCUAAGCCAGACUUUGCACCACCAGAGAUGUAUACAAUUAUGAAAAUGUGCUGGAGUCUGGAACCAACACAGCGUCCAACGUUCAGUACAAUUGGAGAACGUAUUGAACGAUUACACUCAGGCCAACCUCAUCAACAGUACAGGAACUUAGAGCAAGCUCUUGAGGAGGCGGAGUGCGAGGAGCAGUGUGAGACCACUGUGGCUUGUGAGGGGGCCCCUGAGCCAGACACCGACCAGGAUGCGGAAGGAGAGCCACUGAUGAAAAAUAACUACCAAAUAUGCUGAUGGGAAAGAAAGAUUUAAUCCAUAUACUGUACAGGGGACUGCACACACACAAACUGCACACACAUAUGCAUAUACUGUACAUACAAAUGCAAACAUACACACAUACACACACACACACACACACACACACACACACACACACAAGCAAACACAAACACACAAACACUGUUUUUUUCCCCAGUUGAAUCUAGUUGGUCUUAUGGCUCGUUUCCACAGGGUGGUACGGUUCAGUUUGGUACAGUAUGGCACGGUUUGGUACAGUAAACCCUGACCUGGCUUGCAUUUCGACUAGUAACAGUACCCUUACUUGGUAGGCGGGGUGUAUGUUGCGUUGCGUACGGUUCAGUGGUUUUGGUAUUGUUACCUUUUGCUUCAGCUGGCCAACUGAGAAUAAAACAAAUUCAUUAGCCUAAACAAUUUAGUAACAAUUUAGUCAAUGAAUACAUGUCCAUGUUAUAUUUUGUUAAUAUAAUGAGACAACAGCUUUCAUAAGUAUUACAAAUACUGCUAUUUUGGCUAGCUAAUGUUAGUUGAUAGUAAAAAACUGACUAGAAACAAUAGGUUUCUAUUACGGUUAGCUAACUGUACUGUACCAAGCCGCUCAGUGGAAACGAGCCAUUAAAUAAAGUUGACCUUAGUUGGUACUGAAUGUAGCCUGUUUUGUGUUUGAUUUUACUGGUGCUAACUUAUACAAUAUACUGUAUAUUGGCUACAUGCAAAUGUUGAAUGUAGCCUUUCUAUAUGAAUUUCCCAUUCCAGUGUGCCUCUUCUCCAGGAUACUAUUCACAUUCGUUUACUGUAAUAUAGAUAGCCAUUGCAUCAUUAUGUAUCCAAAUAUUGCAGUAGCCUAGUAUAAUUGUAUUGUGUAUGUUUUUGUAAACGUUUUUAGUUUCAUGCAUAUUAUUUUUUACCUGUUGAAGUUAAAUAUCAUAUUAAACACUCUUUUUGUGUGAUAUCAGAAAAUGUAUUAGUGUUUAUUGUUUUUCAGCUAUUAAAUUGCAGAGCUGGUUAAACAUCAAUAGGUCUACAUUAUAAUACAAAAUAUCUUUACAAUUAAAAAGUAAACAAUCUCACAGCAAAAAUUGACAUUUUGGACAACUGCAUGACAAACUCUCUGGGACAGAAAGUGGGCCCUUUUCAAAGCA